GGAAAAUAUAAAUGUUUGUGUAAUUGAACAAGAAGAAGAAAUUGGAGGUUUGGCACGAAGUGUAAUGGAUGAAAAUGGGUUUUGUUGGGAUUUGGGUGUUCAUGUUAUGGGAAUUAGUAAAUACAAAAAUUUUGUUGAAGCAAUGGAGGAAUGUGUGACGGAAUGGGAAAUUAUACCUCGAUGUGCUAUGGCAGAAAUGUCCCAUGUUAUGACAGAAAAUAAAGAAGAAAAUUUAAAUAAAAUUAAUUAUUAUAUUCCCUAUCCAGUUCAAAAUUCAAUUCCUUAUUUUCCUAAAAAUUUAAAAUUAAAAUGUUUGGAAGAAUUAAAUUUUAAAGAAAAAGAAGAAGGAAAUAAUUUUUUAACAACAAAAAUAACAGAAAAAGAAGAAAAUUUUGAUUCUUUUUCUCUUUCACUUUUUGGAGAAACUUUGCAGAAAAUAUUUGUUAGACCAUAUAAUGAAAAGGUCUGGACUGUCCCAAUUUCCCAAAUGGGAACUAGCUGGUUACAAGGACGUGUUCCUUUAAUUGAUUUAUCACAAUUAAAACGUCGUUGUUCACUUUCUCACCAAAAAUUGUUAAUUGAAGAUGAAAGCCGUCAAACAGCUUUUCGUUACCCUGCAAAUUGUAGAGGGAUUGGAGAAAUGUGGAAACGUUUUUCUGAAAGAUUUCCCCCAAAAAUAUUUAAUUUUGGACAAAAAGUUAAAUUUAAUUAUAAUAUACUUAUUUCAACAAUUCCUUUAACUGAAUUAGAAAAAAUGAUUGGAAUUAAUAAUUUAUCUAAACCUUUAAAACAUUCAACAGUAAUUCUGGUUGGUAUUGGAUUAUUUGGAGGGAAAAAUGAUUUUGUUAAAAAAUUAAGUUGGGCAUAUUAUCCAAGAAAAGAAAUUUUAUUUUAUCGAUGUACAAUUAUUUCCAACUUUAGUGAAGAAUUAAUCCCUAAAUGCUCUUCCUCCACUUCCUCCUCCUCCUCUUCCUCUAAUUUAAUUGAAGAUAAAAAUAACCAAUUUUGGUCAGUAUUAUGUGAAAUAGGGCAGAGUUCAGAUAAAGAAUUGCCUUUAGAAAAUGAACAAAAAAAUAAAAUUUUUGAUAAAAUAAUUAAAGAUUUAAUUUCUGUUGGAAUAAUAAAUAAAAAAGAAAAUAUUUGUUCAAAAUGGAUUAAAUGUUUGCCUUUUGGUUAUCCAAUACCGACAAAAGAAAGGGAUUUUAUUUUAAAAGAAUGUCACAAAUAUUUGGAAAAAUUACAAAUUUAUUCGAGAGGAAGAUUUGGUGGGUGGAAAUAUGAAUUGUCUAAUCAAGAUGUUUGUUUUCAAAUUGGAAUAGAAUUAAUUGACAAAAUAUUUUUAAAUAUUCCUGAAAUCCUUUAUAUUUAA